GCCAUCUAAUGGCAUCUCAGCCGUCCAAGGCUGUUGUCGAACCAGUUGGCCGUUUCCCGGCGGGAUUGAGCUACAUAUUCUACAUAUUCCCUGGUAGACCGCACCGUUGUCCAUUGGCCAUUCAGGCCACCGAUCAUAGCAAACACAUUUGGAAAAGUGGAGACAUGACAGGCCGAAUGGUUGAGUCUGAGAUCGUUGUGGAAAUAUCUAUACUUGCGAGUAUACGAGUAUUUUACGCAACAUGUGGCAAUUUUGCAUGCCACAAGAGGCCACAGAGGACGUGCCACACAGCGCACUGGGGAAAAGAAACCGAAACAAAAAUUGACAUUUUGACAUGCGGCUUGUACCGGGCGGUACUUCAAGAUUCGCCUCCGAUAAACUACAAAUGGUUGCACAGCGAAGAAGUUGGGCAGCAUAGCGACCGGUUUGCCGGCGCUCAAAAGCAAUCCGUUCGGUCAACUAAUUGGCGACUCCAGCAAAAGGUGGUUGAAGUAAUUGCCCGGGGUGGAGCAAUCGGAAUGGGUGCUUAACCUUCUCCUACCACAUUAUACGUAAAAUUUCCUCAGCUAUAGAAUAUCUGCCCAAAUCAAAGUAGCGAAGGUUGAAUGGGAGUCGAAUUUCCGUCGUUUAAUGGGCGCUAAUAGAAACAACCUUCAUCAAAUCGAAUCAAAUGGGACAAAACGCCACUGACAAAAUGCAAGUCAAUAUGUCAGGCGAGCAAUCAACACUCGUAAACGAGAAUGAAACGAAAAUCAAUGCUAAACCGGAAAAUUGUACAACGCCUGAACUGUCAUAAAUUCUUCUGAUGACACUAAUAAAUAAAUAAAUAAUAAAAGGGC